CAGCAGGGUCCCGAGAAAACAGCCGUGCGCCACUGAGCCUAAAGAGCGCGGGCCGGAAGUUCCGCGGUUGCGCAGCCCGGCGGAGCCGUUGGCCUGGCACGCCGGAAGUGGCCAAUUGGCCAGUCUGAGGAGGUCCCGGCGUAGUGGAUCGUGUCUGGGACUGGCAGCGAAAUGGAGCCCGGGGCAGCUGAGUUGUAUGACCAGGCUCUGCUAGGCAUCUUGCAGCACGUGGGCAAUGUCCAGGACUUUCUGCGCGUGCUUUUCGGUUUCCUCUACCGCAAGACUGAUUUCUAUCGCCUGCUGCGCCACCCGUCGGACCGCAUGGGCUUCCCGCCUGGGGCCGCGCAGGCCUUAGUGCUGCAGGUAUUCAAAACCUUUGACCACAUGGCCCGUCAGGAUGAUGAGAAGAAGAGGAAGGAACUUGAAGAGAAAAUCAGAAGAAAGGAGGAAGAAGAGGCCAAGGCUGUGGCCACUGCAGCUGAGAAGGAGCUGGUCCCAGCACCAGUUCAGGAAAUAGAGAUCGACCCUACCACAGAAUUGGAUGGGGCUCUGGAAGUAAAGAAAGUGCAGCCUCCAGGCCCACAGGACACUGUGCAGGAGGUUGCUCAUGGCUCAGAUGAGGCGGAAGCUCCAGGAGUAGUGGCUGAUGCCCCUGAAGUCACUAGGGAACCUCCGGCUCUUCCCAGGAUUCAGGAGCAGUUCCAGAAAAACCCUGACAGUUACAAUGGUGCUGUUCGUGAGAACUAUACCUGGUCACAGGACUACACUGACCUGGAGGUCAGGGUGCCAGUGCCCAAGCACGUGGUGAAGGGGAAGCAGGUCUCGGUGGCUCUUAGCAGUGACUCCAUCCGUGUGGCCAUGCUGGAGGAAAAUGGGGAGCGUGUCCUCAUGGAAGGGAAGCUCACCCAUAAAAUCAAUACCGAGAGUUCUCUCUGGAGCCUCGAGCCAGGGAAGUGUGUUUUGGUGAACCUGAGCAAGGUGGGUGAGUAUUGGUGGAAUGCUAUCCUGGAGGGAGAGGAACCCAUUGACAUUGACAAGAUCAACAAGGAGCGCUCCAUGGCCACGGUGGACGAGGAGGAGCAGGCAGUGCUGGACAGGCUCACCUUCGACUACCACCAGAAGCUGCAGGGCAAGCCACAGAGCCAUGAGCUGAAAGUCCAUGAGAUGCUGAAGAAGGGGUGGGAUGCUGAAGGCUCUCCCUUCCGAGGCCAGCGAUUCGACCCAGCUAUGUUCAACAUCUCCCCCGGGGCUGUGCAGUUUUAAUGACCAGAAGGAAAGGAAAACCCUCGCCAGCAGGGAGGCAGAGGCCUUGUCCUCAGCUGCCCUUCUCGGCUCCCUGCGUUCCAGGGAUUCGCUCGUCUUGUUCAUCCCUAGCCAUCCUUUCUUUCAAGGAUGAACCAGGCCUUCUACCCUGACCUUGCAUCUCUAGACUGUUCCAGAGAAGAUGCAGGGCCAGCUGCUUUAUGGCGGUCACUGUGGCCAACACUGAGUGAAGGUGUUUGAAACUCAGGAGGGUACAUCCCAGCAAAUUGGGAUCACAUGCUUUUGUCUCCACAGCAACCAGCCACUGCAGGCAGCGCUUCUUUCCUUCUGUGCUCUCUGCUUGCUGUUGUUUGAUGCCGUUCUGCUCGCUUUGCUUCUGGUUAGUGGUGUGGAGUUGCUGUUGGGCUUGCAGGUGAAGCUGAAGGUGUGACGUGUGGAGCGUCGCUUGCCUGAGGGCAAGUGUGGAGUGAUGUGCAGCUGUUUCUGGGGCUGCUCCAGGAAACUCCUUGCCGCUUGACCUCUCAUUGGGUACAUGCAUGUGCAGUCAUGCUCAUCCCUUUGUUAAUGUGCUCUGCCUGCCUCAUCCUCAUGGGUAGAGCAGUGGAAACUGGAGUCCACUCACGUUCUAAAUGCUGGGAGGUUAUGGCCUUAGGGCAGGCACAGUGGGGCUUCUGUCUGUUGUCUGACAGUGGCUGCCUUGCUUUGAUUCUUGCUGAAGUGGGCCAAGCCCAGCCACCACUGCAUGGCAUGUCCUAUUUGGCUCCCUGUGAGACCUCAUUGGGUGCAGUGUAUCAAAGCGUGGGCAGGAGUGGAGAGCUACCACCCUCAGGAGGAAACCACAGCAUGUCCAGCAGCCCAUCUGCAGAGCACAUCAGACUCAGGUCCUGAACAGCCUUGACCUCGAGGGGCCUCUGGGAGGAGGAAUUUCUGCACUGGGCAUGAAGGCACACUGUCUCACCAUGACUGAGCCAGAGAAAGUAAGGACUACCCUGUCACCAUCCUCUGUUCCAUGUGCUGAACUGUGCUCCCUGGGGCUUAUGGCCCCAUCCCACCAGUUCUCCAGGGACUAGCCACGACCUCGGGACCCCUGAGCCUGUGCCCUGAGCCAUGGCUAUUGACCGACUCCAGCCCAGGUGUGAAGACCCAAUUGUGAAGUGUGGGUCAGAGCAUCAGGCCUGUGCCUGGAGUACUCCCAGGGGCACUCUUUGUGCCUAUCACCAGGAAUGUGGUGCCGCCACUACCAGUGCUGUCCAUUUGCCUGGCAUGGUCUCUGCUCCCUGGUACCAUGUACAGCCAGCAAGAAUCAAGGCCUGAAGAUGCUAAGGAGGCCUACUGUCUUAGGGAAAGAACCCUGUUCCCUACAAGCUCUCUCAGUGAAUAUGUGGGGGAAGGGGUUAUCUAGUAGAGUAAGUUCGUAGUUGGUCCUUCCAAAAGCUUCCACUUUCGACUGCAUAGAAGGGAGCUGGCUUAUUGUGGUCAUUUGGGGGUAGAUUUCUGGUUUACAGUGGUGGCCAACAGUCCUAGUAAGAAAGCAUUCCUGGGAAAUAAUCUGUGGGUCAAAACAUGUCACUUUGAUUGUCAAGGGAGAGCAGAGGGCCCCAAAUACAUGUACUCAUUUUGGAAUCAGAGCCCUGUGGUGUAAUAUCUAGAACUGAGCUGGCAAGGCCCCUCUGAAGAGGUCUCCACUCUGGGGAGCAGAACUCUGCAACCCAUGAAGGCUUCCGAAAAAGGCUUUGUCAUGUUUUCCUGGAGUUCCCAUCAGAGUCCUAGGAUUUGCACACCAUUGUGCUGCGAGAGCUUUCCCAGCUAAUGAAAGGAGGUCUCUCAGAGAUUUAUGUGUAAGUCUCCUGUCUUCUCUUGUCCCCAAGUUAACCCCUACCUUGUGGACAGUCUUCCAGAAGGAGUGAUUAAGUAGGGUGAGAGUGCCCUACACUUUGUUAUUUGGGAGACUUUGAGAGUCAUUCACUUCCAUGGUGAAUUCUGUUUGCCUGAUUUUAUUUUCUGUGUUGCAUUUCUCCCCACCCCCUGCCCUGUAAUAAAUGAUAAACCAGCUGAGGGGCAGUGUUGGGUAUUGGCCCAUGGCAGGAGCAGCCACCUGCAUAUGGUCUCUGUGCCAUGCUGUGGUGCUUGAUGUGGUCAUGGAGCCUGUCCCUAUGCACCUUGCUCCCGGUAAGCCACACAGAGCCACACCAUCUGGUGGGUGAUUCUCUGACCCGAGGCACCACCCUGGACCUGCGCUGCCUCCAGACCUGGUGCACUCUGCCUGUUUUCUCUUUUUAGAAACAACAACUGCAGUUUGGCCACUAAGUCCCACCAGCUGAGGUCUGAGGAAAGCAGGGUGACUCAUUCCCCUUGUCCAGGGGCCCAGGAGAGUGGGGUGUCCAGCCUGCAAAGUUGCUCCAGCUCCUCAGUGUUGGUUUGCAAUAAAUCUGUAUUUAAACAGUU